GAUAAGGUAAAUUGAAUUUAUUUCGUUGUGUGAGAAACAAAGCCGAUGGUGUAUUUUAUCGAUUGAUUGAUUCGUUCUGCAAUAAUCAGCUCUGCUCAUCUGGAAAGCGUCACGGUGUUUCGCAAGAGCUUCAUCAACAACAGCACAUUCCUCCGAGCGGAGCUGGGCUGCGGAUCAUGAAGACCGUCUGCUGGACUUCUGCGCUCGUCUUCACUUUACUUCAGCUCACAGCGGCUCUGCCCUGUGUCCCAGCAGACCCCGCGCACACACACAACCAGACGGAGCUGGAAAUGGCCACAGGAGAGCUGGUUCCCACUCAUUUCCCAGCGCGGCGGGCGGCUAAAGUGGCUGUGCAUUACCUGAACACACGACACGGAUCGCCAUUCAGAGUGUUCGGACUGCAGCAGGUGCACAAGGCCACAGCGGAGGAUGUAGAUGCCGGGAGGAAGUACAGCCUGGAUUUCUCCGUGACUGAGUGGGCCAGAUCGAAGUCAGUGUUUCGGUGUUCAGCUGUCGUGUUGUUCAGCACUGCUCAGAAAACUCCUCCUGAUGUCCAGCUUCAGUGUGAGGAUCUACAGCAGAUCAACACCACACCGCAGGAGGAGGCUUUCUAUCACAGAUACAGCACAUCUGACAGCCCUGUUUCUGCCCUCGACAUACCAGAUAGCCAUGGGAACAUGAGUCAGGAGAUGGAGCCGUUCUGGCAUCUGGCGGGUGUGUCGGCUUCAUUCAUCAUGCUGAGGGAAUCCAGUGAGAACACAGAGUUCAACAUGGCUCAGGUGGCCAGCGUCACACAGCAGGAGACGAGCGAGAAGCAGCUGAUGCUGAAGUAUCACCUUCUCCUUCAUGACUUUGUCUCACAGGAGAUCCUCCACUGGCAGCUGCUGUCCUCCUGGUCUCCAGAAAGAGGCGUCCGGGUGCUGGAGACGCAGUUUCUACCCAAAUGUCCGCACGCCACCGGACCACCCUCCAGCACUCCAGACCAAUAAACACACUAAGAAACGC